CCGGCGGCGGCGGCGGCGAGAGCGGAGCCGAGCCAAGCGAAGAUGGCUGAGCUGAAGCAGCCGCCGAAGCACGACGGGAGGGUGAAGAUCGGCCACUACGUGCUGGGGGACACGCUGGGGGUCGGCACCUUCGGCAAAGUCAAGAUUGGAGAACACCAGCUUACUGGACAUAAAGUAGCAGUGAAAAUUUUAAACAGGCAAAAAAUUCGUAGUUUGGAUGUUGUUGGAAAGAUCAAAAGAGAAAUCCAAAAUUUAAAACUGUUCAGGCAUCCCCAUAUUAUCAAACUGUAUCAGGUGAUCAGCACCCCUACUGAUUUUUUCAUGGUAAUGGAAUAUGUGUCUGGUGGAGAAUUGUUUGAUUAUAUCUGUAAAAAUGGACAUGUAGAAGAAACUGAAGCCAGGCGCCUCUUCCAGCAAAUUCUGUCAGCUGUGGAUUACUGCCAUAGGCAUAUGGUGGUUCACAGAGAUCUGAAACCAGAGAAUGUGCUGCUGGAUGCACACAUGAAUGCCAAGAUAGCUGAUUUUGGGCUGUCCAAUAUGAUGUCAGAUGGUGAAUUCCUGAGAACCAGCUGUGGCUCACCCAACUAUGCAGCACCAGAAGUAAUCUCUGGAAGAUUGUAUGCUGGCCCAGAAGUUGAUAUCUGGAGCUGUGGUGUUAUUCUUUAUGCUCUCCUCUGUGGGACUCUUCCUUUUGAUGAUGAGCAUGUUCCAACCCUGUUUAAAAAAAUCCGGGGAGGCGUCUUCUACAUUCCUGAAUACCUCAACCGUUCAAUAGCAACCCUGCUGCUGCAUAUGAUGCAGGUUGAUCCACUCAAACGAGCCACCAUCAAGGACAUACGAGAGCAUGAAUGGUUCAAGCAAGAUCUGCCUAGUUAUUUAUUCCCGGAAGAUCCAUCGUAUGACGCCAAUGUCAUGGAUGAUGAUGCUGUGAGGGAAGUUUGUGAGAAAUUUGAAUGCGCCGAGUCAGAAGUGAUGACCAGUUUGUACAGUGGAGAUCCUCAAGACCAGCUUGCGGUAGCUUAUCACCUGAUCAUUGACAACCGGAGAAUCAUGAACCAGGCCAGUGAGUUCUACCUCGCCUCCAGCCCACCCAGUGGCUCUUUUAUGGAUGACUCUAUGCAUAUCCCCCCAGGGAUGAAACCUCACCCAGAAAGGAUGCCACCUCUAGUUGCGGAUAGUCCCAAAGCAAAAAGCUCUUUGGAUGCAUUGAACACCACUAAGCCAAAACCGUUGACUGUGAAAAAAGCCAAGUGGCAUUUAGGAAUACGAAGUCAAAGCAAGCCUUAUGAUAUCAUGGCUGAAGUUUACCGGGCCAUGAAACAUCUGGAUUUUGAGUGGAAGGUGGUGAAUGCCUAUCACCUUCGGGUGCGUAGAAAGAAUCCAGUUACAGGAAAUUAUGUGAAAAUGAGUUUGCAGCUAUAUCAGGUGGACAAUCGCAGCUAUCUGUUGGACUUUAAAAGCAUCGAUGAUGAUGUCGUGGAACAAAGAUCGGGUUCUUCUACACCUCAACGCUCAAGCUCAGCAGCUCGUUUGCACAGACCAAGACUAAGUCUUGACUCCGCCACUGUUGAUUGCCAGUCACUUCCCGGAUCCCCUACUGGCUCUUUGACUGGGAGCAUGUCCUCUAUGACACCACGCCUCGGGAGCCAUACACUGGAUUUCUUUGAAAUGUGUGCCAGUCUCAUUAUGGCUCUGGCUGGCUGACAGGUGUAAUUCAGAGGCUUGAUUUCAGUGGGUGAGCGUAGGCCUUGGUAAGCCCUGUCCUCAAGGCUGAGUCAGGGGUGCAUGGCACGUGGCAAAGAAAGCCUAAUUUUGAACAUACAAAUAUCAGAUGCUGUACCCAGAAAUUACUUUGUAUAUUUAGGAGAGAAGAGAAAGGUGUUCGGUUUAGGUAAGUCUAUUUGCAGAUUUUGCUGUAUUUUUGCCAGGAAUAUGGGAUUGUUGGUGUUAUUUCAUAGGUAUGGUAGAAAUGAUGAGAGUGGACUUAGUGCUUAACAGAGGUGAAGACUAGGGACUUCAGCCAACUGCUGGCAGCUAUUGGACUCUACUAGCUGCCACUCAAAAUCAGAUGCUGCACUGCUGCCAAAAAUCUGAAAAACUCUACAGUUGAAGAAUCCAUAACAUUCAUGCCAUGUUGAAUGAACAGUGCAAUAAUAUUCCUGAAAACUUGACCAUCAAAUGGCUUUUUUUAAAAAAAAAACUUACUUUAGAAAACAAAAGCAAUAGAAUCCUAGAUAGAAUUAAUUUAGAUUUAUACUCAUAGAAGAAAAAUUUGUGUCUGCUG